AUGAGCCGCAGGGCCGCGCCCCAGCGAUGGCGGGAGAGCUGCGUGGACGCCGCCGUGCUGGACUUCGUCGCGGACCUGUCCCUGGUCUCCCCGAGACGCCCUGUCCUCCGCGACCUCCCGCCGGGGGCGCCCCUCGGGGACCGAGGCCUUGCGCUCCGACAGGGAAGACCCAGGGGGCUGGCGCGGUUUGAGGAGGGGGAUGCAGAUGAAGGGGACGAGGAGGAGGAGGAGGAAGAGGAUGAAGAGGAGGAGGAGGAGGAAGAGGAAGAAGAAGAGGGGCGCGGGAGAGGCGCCUCGCUGCUGGGCCGCCCCAGGAGGAAACGGGUGAUCACCUACGCCCAGCGCCAGGCCGCCAACAUCCGCGAGAGGAAGCGCAUGUUCAACCUCAACGAGGCCUUCGACCAGCUGCGCAGGAAGGUGCCCACCUUUGCCUACGAGAAGAGGCUGUCCCGCAUCGAGACCCUGCGCCUCGCCAUCGUCUACAUCUCCUUCAUGACCGAGCUCUUGGCGAGCUGUGACAAGCAAACCGGCUGA